UAAAAGCACACACACAGGUUGUGAGGGUGAGACAGAGUGAACAGGAAGCACCGAGGAUCAUGACGGGUCCAGUGGAUGUCUGUAGCACCGGUGACAGCUGCUCACACGGUUCACACUCACCAGGUUGGUUCCAAAACCUCCUGAAAUCAAGAACAUCAUUAGCAUCACGACAUGAAGAGAAAUCAAGAACAUCAUUAGCAUCACGACAUGAAGAAAACGCUAGCGAGACAAGUGUAUCAACAUCAUUUUCAUAUACAUCAUCGUCAUCAUCUGAACCAAAAAAUCCACCUUCUGCUCUGAGCUCACACCUGAGAUGGAGACGAAAAUAUGACUUGCUUGUGUGCCACAGUCAAGCCGACAGUGACAUUGAGGAGGCCAAUGGCCUGGUCUCUUUACUGGAGGCUUCGCCCCGCAGCCUCAGGUGCUUCCUUUGGCAAAGGGACGUCAGUCCAGGAAGUCCAAUUUUCACAGAAUUCUGCCAGGCUGUGCAGGAGAGCCACUUGCAGGUUCUGCUCAUCACUCCUGACUUCCUGCAGGAAGAGUGGUGCAUGUACAUGAUGCAUCAGGCUCUGGCGGAGGGACCCAUGUCCAGGCGAUUGAUUCCUCUGAUACAGAACCUUUCCCACGAUCAGUACCCUCAGGAAAUCAAGUUCUGCUUCUACAUUAACCUGAGCAGGAACAUAAGCCAAGGAUGCAGUCUCAUUAAUAUGACGUUGCUCAAGUACCUAGAAGACCUGAUUAAAAAUGAGAGGACACACGACUCCAACGUGGACAGCUCUCACAACAGACUAAGCGGAGAGAGCAGCUCACAAGGAGAUGAGCUGAUCUCAAACAAUGACCCUGCUGAGACUUAAAUGAAAGUGAUGCAGAAAAGAAAUGACAUAGUUAACAAUGUUUGCUCGAUGAAGGACAAUUGGCUCAGAUUGGAAGAAAACACUGCUGCUGUCUUAAUACUUUCCUUAACAUGAUGUGAUUAAGUGUCUAUAGUGUUUUCUUUUAUCUAAAAAUGUAUGGACCUGUGUUGUAUAUUUUCUUGACAUAAUGAUCUAGAAUGUUUCUAACAAUCUUUAAACCCAGACAAAUCCCCAGUUUUAUUCAUGGUAUCAGGACGUUUAAUUUCUAGGCCCUUUUUAAUUGCAUCAUAUCUGCUUUACCUGCAUUAACCUCUCUUCCAUAACUUCAAACCAUGUAUGACAAAGGAAAAAUACACUGCCAGCUGACUGUUUUCUCCUUCCUCUGUUUGUAUUGGUCACUGGUGGCGAAGACAACAACUCCCAUGAUGCUGCUUUUUGACAACUUCAAACUUUUGGUAUUGUUAUGAUUGAGAGACCCCUAAAGCGGCUGAAGUUACAUUUUGCACGUUCAAAGAAACACAAAAAUACAAACAAAUACACAUAU